UGAUAAUAUAAAACGAUUUAAACGGGCAAUGCCUGGUAAAAUUAAUAAACUGAAUUCCAUUUCAGACCAGAGUUUUUUUAAUCUUUAGCGGCCUCUUUAAUAUCAAAAAAUAAUAAUAAUCAAUUGACGUCUGGUAUGUGUUUAAAUUUUAAUUGGGUCAAUUUCAGGUCCUCAGAAAAUCUUUCGACAAUCGCUGUUCAUAAUGUCUUCAUACGAUUUGAGGUUGAAGGAUCUUGACCAAGUAUUGGAAUCAGAAGUGAUCGAUCUUUCAAAACUUAGAGAAUUCUGUUUCAAUGGUAUUCCUGAUGUUAAAGGUUACAGAUCGUUAUGUUGGAGAUUGUUGCUCAAUUAUUUACCAUGUGAUAGAAAUAAGUGGGAUGAACAACUAGACCACCAUAGAAAAUUAUACCAGCAGUGGUUAGAUGAAAUAUUAGUCACUCCAGGUUCAUUUGAUAAUGAAGAAUGUGAUCAUCCAUUGAAUGAGGAUCCUAACAGCAAGUGGAAUACUUUUUUUAAAGAUAAUCAAGCUCUUACACAGAUAGAUAAAGAUGUCAGACGAUUACAUCCUGAAUUAUCUUUCUUCCAACAAGCAACUGAUUAUCCAUUAUCUAAUGUUGUAUACAGUUGUGGUACAAAACGGUUGAACAGAAGAGUGGGUAUGCAUUUUCUAAAUAGUGCAAAUGUUGUACGUAAAGGUCUUGGUAUUGUUAAAAUAUCCCCAAAAGCUGAACAAACUAGUACUUCUGAAUUCAAGCCACUUGAAGAAGGAUCUGAAGCACAUUGGGAGGUGGUGGAGAGGAUAUUGUUUGUUUAUUGCAAAUUAAACCCAGGACAGGGUUAUGUACAAGGAAUGAAUGAAAUAAUUGGUCCAAUUUAUUAUUGUUUUGCUACUGAUCCAAUUAUUAAAAUGAAAGAGCAUGCCGAGGCUGACUGUUUUUUUGUCUUUACUAAUCUUAUGUCUGAAAUUCGUGAUUUUUUCAUAAAGACAUUAGAUGAAACUGACUCUGGGAUUGUGAACAUGAUGCGUAAAGUCACGGACAGGUUAAAAGAAAAUGACCCAGUUGUUUUAAAUUAUUUAGUCAAAAAUGAAAUUUACCCUCAGUACUAUAGUUUUAGGUGGUUGACUCUGUUAUUAUCUCAAGAAUUUUCUCUGCCAGAAGUUUUAAGGAUAUGGGAUUCACUAUUUUCUGACUCACAGCGAUUUUCAUUUCUCAUUGAUAUUUGCUGUGCAAUGAUAGUUUUAGUCAGAGAACAAAUAUUAGCAGCAGAUUUUUCGACAAUUGUCAAACUUUUACAAAAUUAUCCCAAUGUUGAAACACGUGUUAUAUUGAAUAAAGCUGCAGAAUUGAGUGUUAAGAAUAGAGAUGAGGAAUCAAGUGGAAUAUGAAAAUGAUUGGAUAUCAGUCACAAGGUGUUUCAACUUUUAGCUCUCUCUAAGAAAUGAUCAAACAUUGUUUUGUGAUUUUUUUCAAUUUUCUUAAUAACAAGUUAAAUUAUAUUUAUUUAUUUUCAUUAAUUAUUUAUACUAUA